AUCCUCCGAUCUAUGAAACCUCUCUACAAAUAAAUAUCGUCGGGCUGUGAGCCAAGAAGUUUACACAAAUAUCUGAUGCUGUUAUGUAGAAUGACAGAGAAGAAUUCAAUUAUAUGUUGUCUUGUGUGCUAACUAAAUUGUUAUAUAACUAUGGCUUCAGUUGAGGAAGGAGCGACAAAUGAAGGAAAAAGAAUUAUUGUUAUUGCUAUGGAUGGCAGUGUUCAUGCAAAAUAUGCUUUAACGUGGUACAAAGACAAUGUGCAUAAAGCACAUGAUCACGUGGUCUUGGUGUAUACAGUCGAACUAGGAACUAAGCUUGAAUCAACAAAAUGGGUAUACCAUGCAGAUGGUGACCGAGCAACGUCAGAACUGGCAGAGUCCAUGUCAGCUGAACGUAAAAUACUGAAAGAUAAAUUAGAAAUAUUUGCAAGAAUGUUGCUUGAUUCAAAGAUUGCAGGUGAGGUUAAAGCCGUCCAUUCAAAAAAUCCGGGAGAAGGAGUUAUACAAACAGCAAAAGAUGAAGGGGCGGCCAUGAUUGUUACAGGAUCACGUGGUUUAGGAGCUAUUCGUAGGACAAUACUCGGAAGUGUUAGCGACUAUAUUCUCCAUCACUCAGUUGUUCCUGUAGCAGUUUGCCAUCAAAGAGUUUAACAACUCAUUGUACAAAUAACUAUAUUUUUUAUAUACGUAUGCUUCAAAACCUCGAUGCAUGUUAUAUUUUCUAUUAUAGCAAAUCCUCAUAAAUUUUUAUUUUCAAAAAUAAAAAUAAAACCGUG